UUGUGAUUUAGGUUGUGUUUUCUGAAGAAUGCGUUAAAAUAUUAAAAACAAUUAUAUUUAUACAAAGAUUUUUAUACUCAUAUGUAACAUAGAAAAUAUGGAAAAUAAUAAUUCCGAUUCAAUGAAAAAUGAAAAAUGUUUGAAUAAUACUGAACCUAUAUUAAGUUUAGAACAAAGUACACAUCCUAUUUCAGGGAUAACAUUGAGUAAACGUCAGUUAAAAAAAAUAAAAAAGCGUGAAAAAUGGCUCAAAUUAAAGCCAGAAAAGAGGUUGAAAGAGAGAGCAAAAGCAAAAGAAAAAAGAGCGUUUGCCAGAGCUCACAAUUUAGAUUUAGGACCAUCGAGAAAGUUUUUGAAAAUGUGUACGAUGGCUGACAGCCCAUGCAAAUUAAAUGUGACGAUUGAUUUAUCAUUUGAUAAUCACAUGAUUAGUAAAGAUAUUGCUAAAUUGAUCAAACAAAUAUUAAGGUGCUAUACUUUAAAUAGAAGAGCAGUUGCUCCUGUACAGUUUUCUUUGUGUAGUUUUGAAGGAAAGUCGUUUGAAGAAAUGGGUAAGCAUAAUGGAUAUGAACAUUGGGAUGUGAAAUUUCAUUCAGAAAGUUACCUAAAUGUUUUUCCAAAAGAUAAAUUAGUCUAUUUGACAAGUGAAUCUGAAAAUGUAGUUGAGGAAUUGAAUCAUGAUCACAUUUAUGUGAUUGGUGGACUAGUUGAUCACAAUCAACAUAAAGGUUUAUGCCAUAAGUUAGCUGUUGAAAAUAGCUUAAAACAUGGGAGAUUACCAUUAGACAAGUUUCUACAAAUGAAAGCAAGAAAAGUAUUAACUGUUGAUCAUGUUUUUGAGAUUAUUCUAAAAGUAACAGAAGGAAAGACUUGGCAAGAAGCUUUUUUACAAGUUUUGCCAGAGCGUAAAAAUGCCCAACUUGUUCCUGCUGACGUUGACACGACGAAUUCGAAUGAGUCACAGACUGAAACAGAAGCAGAACAAAAAAAAAACUGAAACGAGUUAGCAAC